AAGACAUCAUCACAUGUAGCACUUUUCAUCACCACACCAUUAUUAACUGUCCACACCACGUAGAAGCUAACUACAGUUUACCAAUGGCAAGUGAUGCAGGAACUGGUGACCAGACGGACCUCACAAAGCUUGAGAGAGAGAAGGAUGGUUCAUUCAAGAGACAAGCAUCUUCCUUCCGCGAUACAAUAGUCAAAGGCGGGAAGUUUGGGCCGGAGUCAGGGCGAUAUCAUAUCUAUGCUUCUUUCGGGUGUCCAUGGGCGCAUAGAACGUUGAUUGUUAGGCAAGUAAAGGGGCUCGGGGACAUUAUAUCGGUUUCGAUUGUCUCUCCACGGAUGGACAAGGAUGGCUGGAAGUUUGCAAACAUCGAUCCUUUCCCCGGAACUGACGUAGAUACGCUCAACCACGCCGAUCAUAUCAAAGACAUUUAUCUCAAAGCGGAUCCGGAGUAUAAUGCUAGGUAUACGGUUCCGAUAUUGUGGGAUAAGAAGUUACAAACCAUUGUCAAUAAUGAAUCGUCCGAAAUUAUUCGAAUCCUCAACGCAUCUUUCAAUGACUUGCUGCCACCCGAGAAGUCCUCUAUCGAUUUGUAUCCGGAGAAGCACCGCAUCGAGAUUGACAGUCUCAAUGAAUGGGUAUACGACGGAAUAAACAAUGGAGUCUACAAAGCAGGUUUCGCGGGAACCCAAGAAGCAUAUGAGAAAGCCGUGACUCAGGUCUUUGCAUCACUCGACCGCGUAGAGCCAUUGUUUGAAGGAAAAGACUUUCUCAUUGGCAAUCAGCUAACAGAGGCGGACGUACGACUUUAUACUACUGCCGUACGCUUCGAUGUCGCGUACCAUGGUAUUUUCAAGUGCAACUUACGCACGAUCCGGGAAGGCUAUCCGAAUAUUCAUCGGUGGUUAAGGCAACUGUAUUGGAAGAAUCCUGCGUUUAACUCAACAACGAACUUCGAUCACAUCAAGACAGGAUACCAUUCAAUUAGAACGAUAAACCCUAACCUAAUUGUUCCAAUUGGGCCUAUACCGUCCAUUGAGCCUCUGUGAUGGUAAUGGAGCAUAGUUAUCCUAUGCUUUGACUGAAGGUUGCACCGAAAUCGUUUGUAUUUCUCCCGAGAUAUUGCUGUAAUUUGGGAGACACAUCUGAUGUGAAUUUACCGGUAAAAAGCUGUAGUAUACGAGUAAAAU